CUUUCGAAUGACGUCACGCGCUCGACGUGUUGUUGUUGCCACAAGUUCACACGAAUGACGUACGAGACGCUCGGAGACGUUUAACGUGAAAUCCAUCAUUUUGUUGUUGAAAUAUUAACAAUACUGAAAAUAACUAGCGAUAUAGACACAAAAACCGUGCGCUACUUGCAUCAAAGAUGGCCGAUACGAGUUCAUAUUCUAUUGAAGAACGGCUUGUAGUGAGUGUAUGGGCUCAUGAAAGAUCAAAAACCAGAAAAACUAUGAAAGCUAUUCGAAAGGAUUUCUGUGAAAGAUUUAACAAAAAAGCUCCACCAAAAUGGACAAUACUGAAAUGGGAAUAUAAGCUGUUUUUCACAGGAUCAAUUUUAGACGAAACAAGGACUGGGAGACCUAAGAGAGAGGAGCAAUGUGCAGCAAUUGGUGAAUCACUUGAGAGCUCGCCCAAAAAGUCACCAAGAAAAAAAUCAUCUGAACUUGGCAUUCCAAAUACCACAAUGUUAAAGCACAUGAGAGAUGAUCUUAAGUUGAAAUCUUUCAAGCCUGUGUUUGUCAACGAGCUAAGUGAUGGUGACUUACAAAACAGAAGUGAAGCGUGUGCCCAGUUUCUUGAAGUUUUUGAGACGCUCCAACAAUGUGACUCUGAGAAUUCCCAGGGAAGGGGAGAAAAUAUGGCAAAUGAGGCGAAGCCAUGCCCCUGCGAGCUGGGAGACGUGAUGCCCUACAGCGGGAAGGGCCAGGAGGUGCGAGCUGGACAUGUGGACUCUUACCUAAGUGCGGCUCAGCCUGGUGCUAAUGGGGAAGCCUCGAUUCGGGGCCUCAUCAUCAUCCAGGACAUCUAUGGGUGGAAGCUGCCCAACACUCGCUUCAUCGCAGACUGGCUGGCAGGACAAGGAUACACGUGCAUCGUACCAGACUUUUUCCUGGGGAAGGAGCCUUGGAGCCCCAGCCACGACUGGAGUACUUUUCAAGAGUGGCUCAAGGACAAGCAGGCCACCAACAUCGGCACGGAGAUUGAUGCAGCCAUGGAUUACUUGAAGGAGUGUGGGGUGCAGCGGAUUGGGGUAUUGGGCUUCUGCUGGGGAGGACUGGCCGUCCAUCACCUGCUGCUCACAAACUCCGAGCUGCAAGCCGGUGUCUCCUGCUAUGGUAUCAUUAAGAUAGAGGAGUCCCGUUACGCACUCAAGAAUCCUGUAUUGUACAUCUUUGGAGAAAAUGACCCACUCAUUCCACUGGACACGGUGCAAUUGCUGGAGAAACGCCUGGUGGCUGAGUGCCAGGUGGACGUGCAGGUGAAGGUGUUUCCAGGACAGACGCACGGCUUCGUGCACCGCAAGCACGAGGACAUCAGUCCGGCCGACGAGCAGCACAUCAAGGAGGCACGCGCCGAUCUGCUCGCCUGGCUCAACAAAUACGUCUGACGUGCUCUCACUAAGUCAACGGUGGCGAUUUAGCCAUGGAGGUGACAUGGUUCAGCGGUAGCACAUUUGCAUAAGUUUGUGAUUUUAACCCAGCAGGUGUAAUAAGCAUAAAAUACGCACCAUCUGCUUUACAUUAAUUUGAAACGAGUAGGCCAUUGUGUGCUGGUUUAAUGGUCCAAAUUUAACAAAUGUGAAAAUCACCUACAAAUGACCAAAUUGGGAUUACACAUUGCAACAUCGCCGCCAACUGUGAAAUAAGAAUGGCACAGAUACCAGUUGUACUAAAUAAUAAAUUAUUGCCAAGUUGGUAACAUUUUUUAGUACAAGGAAAUAGCCCAAGUGCCUGAUUAUAUUUUCCAGUGUGCAUAAUGCAGGUAAUCGAUGAACUGGGAAAAUAGUGGUUAAUACAAAAUAACAUUUUAUUGCCUUUCCAAUCAAGGCUAUUGCUGUGCCAUAGAUACAUUGUUUACUUUGUGCCAACAAUAAAACAUCCUAUUUCUAAUAUUCCCACUCCUAAAAAGCUGCAUUGGCUAACAGUCUCCCCAUGCAAUCAUAAUAUUGUUUUGAAAUGCAAACUAAAAAGGUAACCAUUGCUUGCAAAAUCAUAUUUUGAAUACAUGUGCAGAAUAACAGUUUUGUAUAUUCUAUUGUUGUAUUCAUGCCUGAUUAACUUCAAUUAAAUACUACAGCAUAUAUGCAAAGCUUAAUUGUCUAUCUUGACAUUUGUCCAACAACAUACGUUUCAUUGUAUAGAGUCCAAUGAAUGCUGAACUUAUCUAAAUACUGUACUGAGAUGUUGCAUUUAAACACUACUGUACAUGAAUAAAAAUUGUAU